CCGGAGGCCGGGCCGACGGGGAAGAUGGGGGCGCCGGAGCGGCUUCGCGUGGUCCGCAGCGGGGGCAGCGAGCUCAGCCGGAGGCGCGCCGUUUUCUCGGCCGAGGGAAAGUACCUUUUGUGUGCUUCCGGUGACGACAUAAAAGUCUACAGUACUGCUACAGAAGAGUGUUUGCACGUCCUACAGGGUCACACUAACCUCGUGACGGGAGUCCAGUUGAAUCCCCAAAAUCAUCUCCAGCUCUACUCUUGUUCGCUAGAUGGCACCAUUAAGCUGUGGGAUUUUCUGGAUGGGAUUCUCAUUAAGACAUUCGUGGUUGGGCAAAAACUCUUUGCGUUCUACGCAGUUCCAAGUUUUGAGGGUUCAGCGUUUGUCAUUAUUCCAAAGGACACCGAUGAAAGACUUGGGACAUAUCAGCUGGUUACAGUGAAACUGCCGAAGACACCCGGUCAGGAAAUAAACGUCGGCGAGAGGGAAUUGGUUUUGGAGGGCAUCGGCCGAUCCCCCAAGUGCACCGCAUUCGGAAGAGAAGGUGAAUACGUGGCAUCCGUCUGGGGGCUUCACCUCUUCGUUUAUUUUUUCAAGAAGAAAAAGAUCCACAGCUUUCCUCUAAGUGCGAAAUGCACCAAAGGAGCCAACAACUUCUUCACUUGUGUGGCCUGCCACCCAAAGGAAGACUGCAUAGCCAGCGGCCACAAAGACGGCAAGAUCCGUGUGUGGAGAAACUUCCAUCAUAAGAGAGAGUACACAUUCUCCACUCUGCACUGGCAUCAUGAUGAAGUGAUGGAUCUCGCUUUCUCUGUAGAAGGAACCAGCCUUCUGAGCGGUGGAGUUGAAUCGGUACUGGUCCAGUGGCGAGACGUAUCUGACUCAAAGAAGGAGUUCUUGCCUCGCUUGGGAUCCGCAAUCCGGAAUAUUUCUGCCUCUCCUGAUGGAACGUUUUUUUGUACCUCGCAUUCAGAUAACAAAAUAACCAUCAUACGCAGCAGCUUAAGAGUAUCGGCUACAAUUCAAGGAUUAAUCAAAGGGAGUGACGUCAAGGCCGGCUUGAUGGUGGACCCAAGGACAAACGCCUUGGUUCUGAACGGCAAACCGGGUCAUCUGCAGUUCUAUUCGCUGCAAAACGACAAGCAGCUCUACAAUCUGGAUAUCGUCCAGCAGGAGUACAUUCACCAACACGGUCUGAACCAGGUGGAGCUGGUGAAGGCAGCGUUUGACUCCAGAGGCGACUGGCUGGCAACCGUGGAGCAGCGUGAAGAGAAGGGCAGCGAACUUGAACUGCAGAUGAAGCUCUGGGCUUACGAUGAGGAAAAGCAAAGCUUUGCACUGAACACCCGAAUAAACAUGCCGCACGAGGACCAUAUCACAGCGUUGUGCUUUCGUGACACGGGAGAACCCGACAGCAUCCCCCCGACCGUAGUAACAGCCAGCGAAGAUGGGCGGUUUAAAGUCUGGGUGUUCCUGGCUGAGAACGAUGAGGAAAACCAAAACGCAGGCUGGACCUGUGAUUUCGUAGGGAGCUAUCACAACUAUCCGGCCACCAACUGCUGCUUCUCCGAAGACGGCUCCGUGCUGGCCGUCGGCUUCAAGGAAAUCGUCACCGUGUGGGAGUCAGAAACGUGGGACCUGAAGUGCACUUUCUGCCACCCUCCGGGAACGAUCCAGUAG